AUGGCCUCAAGUAGACUUAGUGCUACUACUCUAGCUAAGAAGCCUGUCACCCCACAUGAACAAUAUUCAAGCUCUGUUGGUGUGCUUGGAUGUAAGAUUAAUACCAAUCGCGUUGCAUAUUGGCCUGACUCUGUUGGAUGUGAUGACAUAUGCAUCAGAGUAGCUACAGAGAGACGUGAGGUUUAUCUACUGAAGGUGGAUGCAUCGGGAGGCGCUUACGAUAUUUCAUAUGAUGCCUGGAACUUUCUAGUAACUGGCAAGUCGGCCACAGAAUCUCCAGCUAUGGGAGGAGGCGUCUUCAUGACAUAUGAAGUGGUCGACCCUACCUAUUGUGUUCCAUUACUUCAAGAUGGGAAACUGCCUCUAGCUGCAGCGAAUAGUAUGAACUAUCUAGCUAAUUGCCUGCAGUCCCCUAACAGUUGGGUAGCUACGCACUAUGUUUUAUAUAACAUUGUGGACUCAACUUGUAAGUACGGUGUUGAUGAAAUAUGUUAUCUUGAUCUUACUAUCAGCAACCAAGCGCAAUGUCCAAGCGGGCUUGGAGUAACCCCUGUUGGCCUCGAUGUUAAAAAUAUCAUUUGUGGGACUGGAAAGGAAGAAAAGGCACCAUAG